UACUGAUAGUCUGAUAUACAGAGACAAACGAGAGUUGGCAGCCUUAAUCCCUCAGCUACUCAUAUGUGACCCUCGGUCUUCUACAUGGCACUGCUUGCUGGGCUCCUAGGAUCAAGGCUUAAAUCUGGAUAAUAGAAUUGGGGUUUCCUGUUUAUUUAUUUUCAUCCUUUGUUGUCACCGAUUACCUCAUUGACCAAAUUGCGUCCCCAAUGUUAGAUGAUGGACGGCGAGACGACGCCCGCCGCAAAGAACUAUUGGCAUGGUUCAGAGUGCUCGGGUCCUAUGAUCGAGUUUGAAGAGCAUGGGCUGAACUGCGAAAUCAAAGAUACUUGUCACUUAUCAUCGCAAUGCAGGCUUGUUCCAAUUUGCGUAGCCUGCGGCCGGAAGCCACCAUUGCAUGAUAUUAUUUCUGAGAACAAAAGUUCCAGUAACAUUGCCAUUCAACCGCGAGACAAACCUUUUGGGGAGUUGAAUUUGCACUGGCCAUCUGAGAGUCUGUACCACAAUUCAACCAGUUUUCCCACUCCCGAAAAGUUUACGUACCCGCAGACUCUCUCUCACGUCUAUCCCACUAUUUUACGGCCAGACCAAUUCAGACAAGCCUGUUUAUCACCGACGGAUGGUGAAAACUUUAGACGCGCCCCGUCAACUGCGGCAGAACCAGAAGAGUUUCCUGUUCAUCUAACGCUUGAAACGUAUGAGCAAGAUAACUGCCCAGAAUAUGAAGCCUUUUCAUAUACAUGGGAAGGCGAGCAUUUAGAUCGGGACAAUGAAACAGACCUAGGCUAUCCAAUCUAUAUUGGCCCAUCAUGGGACGUCCUCAUACAGACCAAAAAUUGUUGCGAUUUGCUACGUUUCGCUAGGCUCCCUGACGUCACUAGACGUGUAUGGGUAGAUGCAAUAUGCAUUAAUCAAGGCAACAUGGAAGAAAGGGCCCAACAAGUUGCCAAAAUGGGGCGAAUUUACAGAGAGAGUUUGAGAGUGGUGGUAUAUCUAGGCCCAGACGUGGCCAUGAAGCCAAAACACCGUUUUCCUAGACGUCACCCCCUAGACGAAUUUGCAAGUGGUGAAGUUCGCCCUAUGGACUCAAAUGGCUUGAUCAUGGAUCUCAAUCUAGAGAAGCUUUUCAAGAGACGAUACUUUACUAGACUAUGGGUGAUCCAGGAACUGAUCACCUCCUCCAAGACAAUCAUUCGCAUUGGUGACACUGACUUCCUAGUGGAUUCAAUCAUCACGGAGAGACUAAAGAAGACAGAGGAGUGGAGUUCGGCAAUGACAAGUGCGCCAUGGUUCCAAUAUGUGGCACGGCAGACCUUUGGAGAAAAUCCCUGCGACGCUUUGGCACUCGUAUCAAACUCUAACUGUUCUGAUUCGCGUGACCGUCUAUUCGGUAUAUUGUCGUUGAUCAGCCGUCGAAAGACUGCAAGUCAAGGACUUCAAGCCAACUAUUCCAUAUCAAGUCAACAUCUCUGGAUUGGAUUUUUUGCCCAUUGCCUGCUUCGACUGGAAAUAUUAUGGUUUCUGGAAUACGCCGUAGGAUCUCAUAGGUCACCUAGGGACCAGGAAUUAGAAGCAUGGAUUCCGUCAUGGAUGCCAGAUUGGACGUCACCGCUUACAUGGCAACGCUUCAAGUAUACCCGGAGAUUCUAUAGUGACGUGGCGUCCGAAACACUUUACUCGCUGUUGAAAGUUGACCCAAAUCGUGAUUUUCGUCGAUUUCGACAAGACUUCCUGACUCUGACUCGACUUGCCCCUGUAUAUGGGGGCGAAUCUCGAAUGUAUUGGAAUCAAGGAAUAACAGUAGAUUCAGAAACAGGAACGCUGAAAGAUAUACGAGCCAUUCACCUCCUUCGCAUCCCUUCAAUACCGAGGCUUCAGACGCGUUUUGGAGUCUAUGAAGUAUAUGAGAUCGACUUGCAUAGUGUGAAUUGGCAUACUAAACAGGAGGACAAAGACUUGCGAAAUCACCAGCAGUGCCUAUACAUAGUUAGCACGAAGCCUCUCGUCAAAGAAGUUCUGCCCUUACACGAUCACUUGUACGCACUGCAUCCAGAAAACAUAAACGGGAGUCUAGAGUUCCUUAUUUUGCGGGACACUAAGGGUCCUCUACCAUUUUCAAAACCCCGAGUAAGGCCAGGAUACUUCGAGAUUGCAGAUCACGAGACCUUCACUCUUGUCGCGACCGUACCAUACGCAUAUUUCGGCUUCGAUCCCGAGAUGUGCAAAGCCUUUAAAAUUCAGAUGACGAUACCGGCCGUGGCCGAACUGUCCCUUGAUCAGUUACCACGACUACUGACUGUCCGCCAAUUAAUCGAUGACAUACGUACCUUCUUAAAUCAGAAGGUUGACUACGAUUUUGAUCUUUAUCCUUCGAAUAAAGGCAAAAUUUCCAGGGAACUAGAGUCUCUUAAUGAGUAUUUCUUCAGAGAGGGCUUGGACGUUAAGCACCAUGAAAAGACUAGGCCGCUUGACUGGAACCAGAUAUUCCCGCGGAGUAGGAACUCAGACCUAUUACCGGUAUAUUGGGAAUUAGCAAAUCAAAUCCUGAAUCCGAAGGCCCUUUCGGAUGAGAAGCUCGCGACAUCCUGCAUAAGGUCAGUCCAUCCUGACUUUCAGCCGGUAAUCCGGAAUGGUUACGUAGAAUAUUCGUUUGGGCCCCGUGAUUAUGGACGUUUCGGGAUAAUGUACUGUAACAUACGUGCCUUCGUAAUGUACAAGAACGUCAAAACUGGGGUCUACCAGCCUGAGUGGGAAUGGAGCCGCAAGCACCUGGCCUGGACGAAAUUCAGCAAGCGCAGCCCAGGAGUCGUGCUGUGGCCAUGGCACGAGGAGACGUUCUACAUAAGAGCACCCCUGAGCCACGUACUGUCAGCAAUCAGGUGUGGUGUUCAGACCUGUGGUAUGGCCAGGUGUGUCGCAUGGCUACGUGACAUAUUCAAGACAGAUGACUUGGAAGAGCUACGAGAACGAUUAGCGCAGCCUCGAGACGAGUUGGAUAACCUCAAAGUAGAGAAGCGGGACUUUGCGAUAGAUGGCGAUGUACGCAUUAUCAAUAUCCGUUAAUUCAACAUGAUUUAAGCAAAUAGUAGCCUGCAUUACCCAGUAUUAUU